GGAGCAGGAAGUGACGUAGGGAUAAACACGCCGAGUAUCUAAUCAAAUGCAAGAGAAAACAAGUCGAAUAUCAAUGAAUAUGCUUUUUUAAAUCAGACUGAAAUAACUCAAAAACGGCAAUUAAAGGGAAAUUAUUUAAGAAAUGUUAUAAUAGAAUAAUCCAACGACAGAUCGUCACGGUUUGCGGAAGUGGUAGUUGAUCAACUCUGAGUGGAUCAACACGUGACUGCUAUUUCCAUUUUAAGCCGGAGGAUCCGAGAAGUGGCAGCGGACAACAUGUGGAUAUGGCUUGCAAGUCGAAGACUCGCAACUUGCAGGUGUUUGACACCGAACUGAGCGCUGACGCAGUAGAAUGGUGUCCCGUCCCGCUGUCCCACAACAUUCUGGCCUGCGGCACCUAUCAGCUCCAGAAGGGAGCAGAGCAGGCGGGAGCUGAGGACGUACCUCACCAGAGGAUCGGUCGCUUGUACCUGUUUGAAUAUCAACAGGAGGGGGCACUGACUCCGCCUCUCAGCGAACUGCAGCGUAUCGACACACCCGCCAUUUUAGAUCUAAAAUGGUGCCAUGUUGCAGUGUCAGAUGCUCCUGUGCUGGGGAUGGCUACAGCUGGCGGAGAGGUCCGGCUGUACACGCUGACCGACGGGCCGCAGGGUAGACGGUGUCUGAAGGAGAAGACCAGUCAGUCCGUGGGAACAGAGUGCCUGGCUCUGUCUCUAGACUGGUCCACCGGGAGAGGAGAGAGCAGUGACAUGCGUGUGGCGUGCAGUGACUCCAACGGUUGUGUCAGCGUUCUCUCGCUGACGGGGGCGGGGCUAGAGACCAGCACCCAUUGGAAGGCUCACGACUUUGAGGCCUGGAUCACAGCCUUCUCCUACUGGGACACCCAGCUGCUCUACUCCGGUGGGGACGACAGCAAGCUGAAAGGCUGGGACCUCAGAACAGACUGCUCCUCUCCCACCUUCACCAGCAAGAGGCACUCAAUGGGUGUUUGCAGCAUUCAAAGCAACCCACACCAGGAACACAUCCUGGCCACCGGAAGCUACGAUGAGCAAGUGCUGCUAUGGGACGGCAGGAGCAUGCGCCAGCCCCUCAGUGAGACGGCGGUGGGUGGGGGCGUGUGGCGUCUGAAGUGGCACCCCACCCAGCCCCACCUGCUGCUGGCCGCCUGCAUGCACAACGACUUCCACAUCCUAGACUGCCACAAGUCCCUCGGGGGCGGCGGCGAGGCCGAGUGUCCUACUCUCACCUCCUACAUCCUGCACAACUCCCUGGCGUACGGAGCCGACUGGUCCCGCCUGACUCCCGACCAGCCCCCUCCGGCCUCCCCCGAGGGAAGCCCUCGUCCGCCCGAAACCUACCUGGCGGAAGGGGUGGGGCAUCUGAGGAUCCAGUAUGAGUCGCCUACCGCCAGCUUCGACACCUCACUGGAGGACGACGCCGGACACUACAUCCCGGAGGGCCUGGCUCCGGCGGCUCCACCCCCACCCCCAACCCCUCCAACGGACUCGGGCACUACCACCCUUCCUGUCACUGCUCUGCUAGCCAGCUGCUCCUUCUACGACCACAUGCUGCACCUCUGGCGAUGGGACUACUCGCCUGCUUGAGGGUCGCCCAGCUUUCGUUGUGAAAACCCAACGUUUACAUCACAACUAAAGCUGCCACGGUACCCCACCAACCAAAUAUAUAGUUUAAAAUGUAAAAUGUCAUGUUCUUGUUGGUAUUUAGGCGAGACAGAAGCAAAAGGGAGGAGGAACUUGAUUGUGAGGGAUUCUGUCCUAAAGUUGUAGCAACCUCACUAAGAAUGCGUAAACUAUUUUUCUUAAA